CCCCCUGGGCGCUGGGGGCGGCCGGGACGCGGAGUCCCGCGAGGCCACGGGGGAACGGAGGCCCCGGGAGGCCCCGGCCCAGCCCGGGAAGGGCCCGGUCCUGCGGGAGGGCGGCCGAGGUUUUCCUUCUCCAGGUGGUACGCCACGCCGAUACGGAGGGGCCGUUUGCACGACCUGUUGGUCUGAAGUACUGUCCAAGAACUUUCUGAUAGAAGGUGGAAAUCCUUGACUGGAAGACAAAGGAACAGCUAUGCUUCCUAGAUAAGGUGGAACCAAAUGCUACAAUUAGGGAGAUAAGAUUGAUGUUCCAUAAAUUAUAUCCUCGGUGGUAUCCAGCAAGACAGUCGAUAAAACUUGAUCCAAAAGGAAAGUCCCUGAGGGAUGAGGAAAUCCUGCAGCACCUCCCUGUUGGCACAACUGCUACCUUAUACUUUAAAGAUUUAGGGCCACAGAUAGGAUGGACUACGGUGUUUUUGAUAGAAUAUACAGGUCCAUUGUUCAUCUAUUUUCUGUUUUAUUUCCGCAUGCCUUUUGUGUAUGGACUGGAUGAGAGGUUUACAUCAAGCCCACAUCCAGUAGUUAACUUGGCAUGUAUCUGCCAUUCUUUCCACUACAUCAAAAGGUUGAUUGAAACAAUAUUUGUUCAUCGGUUCUCCCAUGGGACUAUGCCACUGAGGAAUAUUGUGAAGAACUGCUUGUAUUACUGGGGAUUUGCAGCUUGGCUUGCUUAUUACAUCAAUCAUCCUCUUUACACUCCUCCUUCUUAUGGGAAAAAACAGAUUAAUUUUGCUGUGAUCAUGUUUCUGCUGUGUGAAGCUGGAAAUUUUUCCAUUCAUGUUGCACUUAGUGACCUCCGGAGAGAUGGAUCCAAAACCCGUAAGAUCCCAUAUCCAACAAAGAAUCCUUUCACGUGGCUGUUUUUCUUUGUGUCUUGCCCUAACUAUACCUAUGAGGUGGGGACAUGGAUCAGUUUCACUGUCAUGACUCAGUGUGUUCCAGUGGGUCUGUUCACCUUGCUUUGCUUCAUUCAGAUGACAAUCUGGGCAAAAGAUAAACACUACACCUACCUACGAGAAUUCAAGGAUUAUCCAAGUCUUAGAAUGCCAAUUAUUCCUUUUUUGUUGUAAAAAAAAAAAAAAAAAAAAAAAAAAGAAAGGAAAAAAAGGAAGAAAAAAAAGGUUGACUUCAAUAUUGCAUGGAACUUCAAGAAGAAAAAGCUGAUGGAUCUUUUUAUUCAUAAACCUCCUGCCAAAAAAUAAGUGAAUUAAUUUAAAUAAUUCUGUUGUAUGUUAAAUCUCCACUGCUGAGGGAAAUUGUGUACAUUUGAAAACUAUACUUCUUUACGUUCAAGAAUUCCUCAGCUCAGAAGCACCUUCAGAAAGUAAGGCUUCAUUGCACAUUUGGUAGCCAAAAGCUCCUAUAGUUCACUGCAACCCAAUUGACUUAGAUUUUCCUGUACUAGUCUAUUUAGACUGAUGCCUCUGAGAUACUGAGAAGCCUGUGCUGAAAAGUAGCUCCAAAUUUAGCAGUGGCACUCUACAAGACUGUGACGUAAGUACAUUGGAACGAGGACAUACCAGCCAACUACUAGAGAGCUCAGCUCAGACAGCAUGGCCAGCUGGCCUGAAGACAGUUGCAUGUUCUGCCUUCUUUGACUUGAAAAAGAGAGUGUGCUGCCUGGGGGCAGGUGCUUUGUGACAAACAACAUUACCAAAGAAUAUGAAUGGUUCCUAGAAUAAAGAAAUAGGCAAUAUCUCAAAUACCUGUUUUGGGUCUAACCUAUAAUUUGCCAAAUGAUUCUACAGUAAGAUGAAUUUGUAGAUGUAACAUCUUUUGUUGAUUUUUGGGGGGGAAGCUUGUUUUCUGUUUGUUUUGGUUUUAGUAUUCUUCAUUAGUAAAUUGCAUACUAGUAAAUAAGUUUCAUAUUAGUAAAUAAGAUUCAUAAGAUCUGAUCUAUGCUGUAUCUGUGAUAUUUGGCCUGUUUUCAUAUAACAAGUCCUUACGUUACUAAAGGACCUUAUACCUUGUACUAUUUGUCAGUAUUCUCUGAAUAAUUUUUAAUGUACUUUGUAAAUACAAAAAGUGGCUGCUAGUCCUCAGAAUGCUAGCUCCCUUCCUAUUUUCAGAGCCAGGGGUAAAAAAAUCAGCUACAUUUUGAACUUCCUGUGUUUUCUUUUUCACAAGAUGUUCAGUGGGACUUAGUUGGGUUUUAUGCAAAUCUAGUAAAAAAAAAAAAAGACUAUUGCAAUCUAUCUGAAUGACAUUUUGAAGAAGCUAUUUCAGAAUAUGAAGAGAAUGCAUAGAUACUGUUUUGUUUUAUGAUUAAUUUAUUUAUAAUGGAUGUAUAGAAAGAUUUUGCAGCUAUUUGUAAGGGUGAAAUAUGCAAUAAAUUCUAGCCUUUACAUUGAA